UUUAAAUAUGAGCAUAAAGAGGAUUGAUUCCAGUCAAUUUUCAAGUAAAGGGGAUGAUUCCACUCCUACUGGUAUGAAUAAGACGGAUAUUCAGUGGUCUGAUACCUCUAAAAUUCAUUCCUCAAUGUGAAGGUUACAAAACGAUUGCCCCAAUAAUUAUGAAGAUGAAGCUUAUAACUCCAACACUAAAUUCCAAGUUUCAAAGAAAGUAACGAGAGCUCACAAAUUUACCCUUGAGGAAGGAACAGAAAACGAAGAUGCCAUGAAAAUAGAAAGACUCGCCAAUGGGUAUAGUCCUAAACGAACCUUUGCCAAACAAUUAACAGUUACUGCUUUCAGUGAUGCUGGAGGCUCGAAUGAUGAAAAGAAUAAAAUGGAAUCUCCAUUUCAAGCAGGUAAAAGAAAUUAUGUAAUACAUGAAGCUAGGCCAAAAAGUGCUGGUUCAGGAAGUAGCAAGAACAAUCAUGACAUUGAAUAUCAAGAUCCAAAUGAAAGAGCGUUACAUAAAAUCAUUAGCAAUACUUUGAAGUAUUACCAGUUCAAUGAAAACUACAGCACAGAUGUCAUCAUGAGGCUCUAUGCAGAGCAUGACUUAAUCAAAUUUGCUGGACUUGCUACUAAUGAUGCUAACCCCAGAUGUCUCAACUCCAUCAUCGACAUGGGCGAGUACCCAAUCGUGAAAGUGUUUAAUAAAUAAGCCCAUGGCUGACUACAAUGACAUCGAAAACAACAGUGCAAAAUCGGAAGAACAGAAAGGGUUCGGCAAGCUCAAAGAAAAGAAGAAGAAAUACUCAGACCUGACAUUUCUUCCUCCUCCACCGAAUAAAUACCUUGAUGUUAUCACUUACUCUGAAUGUUCUCCGAGCUUCGAGAUCAGAGAAGAGCAAGUCAGCCAGGAAACACUGAACAUGACUGAAGCUGACCGAGAAGAGUUCAAUGUGACAAUAUCGCAGAUCAACCAGAUAUUAAAACCUUUGAGGGGAAAAGUCGCAUUGUAUGACAGAUUCAUAUUAAUCUAUUUGAUCUUCGGCUUCUUAAUUGCAGGAUCAAUAGGAGUAAUAUUCUGGAUCUUCCUUCACUUUGCUAUUUCAAUAUUCAUUGGAGUCAUAUACUUCACAAUCUUAGGUAUCCUUGUAUACAUGUCAAAGAAGAAGUCAUCUACUUUAAUUAAGAAAGCUCAUCUCUGACUUGCUCUGUACCUUCAUGUGGAGAACAAUCGAUACUACAGACACAAGAAGAUCAUAAUGCGGCCUGGCUACAUGGCCAAGUGGAUCGAAGUGCUUUAUCUGGAGCCCCUCAUCAGAGAAGAAGGAGGUAAUUCUGCUAUACUCAAACGGCUCUGAGCUCAAUGCUAA